AUGGCAUGUGCCCCGGGACCAGACCCGCUGGGGGACAGCAGCGGGCACGAGAGGCCCAAGUGGGACAACAAGCUCCAGUAUCUCCUGAGCUGUGUGGGGUUUGCUGUGGGCCUGGGCAACUUCUGGAGGUUUCCGUACCUGUGCCAGAGCCACGGGGGAGGGGCCUUUCUCAUCCCCUACCUGAUCGCCCUGGCCUUUGAGGGGAUCCCGCUGUUCCACAUCGAGCUCGCCAUCGGCCAGCGCCUGCGCAGAGGCAGCAUCGGGGUGUGGACAACCAUCUCCCCCUACCUGGGGGGAGUCGGUCUGGGCUCCUUCACUGUGUCCUUCCUGAUCAGUCUCUACUACAACACCGUCCUGACCUGGGUGCUGUGGUACUUCCUCAACUCCUUCCAGCACCCGCUGCCCUGGAGCUCCUGCCCUCUGGACCUCAACCAGACAGGGUUCGUGGAGGAGUGCCAGGGCAGCAGCUCCACGAGCUACUUCUGGUACCGGCAGACGCUGAACAUCACAGCCGACAUCGACCAUAGCGGCUCCAUCCAGUGGCGGCUGCUGGUCUGUCUGGCGGCCUGCUGGGCCGUUGUGUACCUGUGUGUCAUCAGAGGCAUCGAAUCCACCGGGAAGGCAAUUUAUUUCACAGCCUUGUUUCCCUAUCUGGUCCUGACGAUCUUCUUUAUCAGAGGACUCACCCUGCCUGGGGCAACCGAAGGGCUGAUCUACCUGUUCACUCCCAACAUGCAGACUCUCCAGAACCCGCGGGUGUGGCUGGACGCAGCCACCCAGAUAUUCUUCUCCCUGUCUUUGGCCUUCGGGGGACACAUGGCGUUAGCAAGUUACAACCCACCCAGGAAUGACUGUGAGAAGGACGCAGUGGUCAUCGCCCUGGUCAACAGCAUGACCUCCCUCUACGCCUCCAUUGCUGUCUUCUCUGUCCUGGGCUUCAAGGCGGCCAAUGACUAUGGGCACUGCUUGGAUAGGAAUAUCCUCAGCCUCACCAAUGAGUUUGAUCUCCCUGACCAGAGCAUCUCCAGGGACGACUAUGCUGCUGUCCUCACACUCCUGAAUGCCACCCAGCCUGAGAGCGUGGCCAGGCUGCACUUGGAGUCCUGCCGUCUGCAAGACUUUCUGGAUAAGAGCGCCUCGGGCACGGGCCUGGCCUUCAUGGUGUUCACGGAGGCCAUCCUGCACAUGCCGGGAGCGCCGGUGUGGGCCGUGCUCUUCUUUGCCAUGCUGUUCACUUUGGGGCUGUCAUCCAUGUUCGGGAACAUGGAGGCUGUCAUCACGCCACUCCUGGAUAUGGGGGCCCUGCCGAGAUGGGUCCCUAAGGAGGUCCUGACUGGGCUGGUCUGCCUGGUCUGCUUUCUCUCGGCCAUCUGCUUCACGCUGCAGUCUGGUAACUACUGGCUCGAGGUGUUCGACAACUACGCUUCCCUGAACCUGAUCAUCUUUGCCUUCUUCGAGGUGGUCGGUGUCAUCUAUGUUUAUGGGAUGGAACAGUUCUGUGAUGACAUAGCAUGGAUGACUGGGAGGCGGCCUGGCCUCUAUUGGCGGGUAACCUGGAAGGUCAUCAGCCCCCUGCUGCUGCUCACUGUAUUUGUGGCUUAUAUUACCUUCCUGGCCUGGACAACGCUGAGCUAUAAGGCCUGGAACCCCCAAUACAACCUGUUCCCCUUGCGACAGGAGAAGUCUUACCCAGGCUGGGUGCAGGCCAUCUGUGCGUUCUUGUCCUUCUUGCCCGCGCUGUGGGUGCCGGCAGUCGCACUGGCCCAGUUGCUCGCCCGGCACAGACGGAAGCAGGAGAACGUGCAGCAGGACAUACACCUGAAACUGCAGGACAGUGUGGUCUGCUGA